AUGUCGUCCAGCGUCCAGAUGACUAAGACAGGAAAGCCAGAUAGUUACUGGAGGGACAUCUGCUUCAAAUAUGCUCGGGGCCAAUACCACUUUUCAACUGGCAAACGGCCAGGGGCCAAGAAAUGGAAAAAGGCCUUGGAGAGAAUUGAUGCUUGCCCCCUGCAGAGCCAUUCUACUAAGGAUCUGUUUGGGAGAAGCCUUCGGUGCUCCUGUGGGUUCCAUAAGCCAGCAGAUCUGUCAUCAGGUGCUGGGUCCAGUGAGGCAGGAGUAGUUGAGACGGAGGCAGGGCAAGUCCAAGUCAGCAUGGAGGUAGGGAGAGGAGGCAUGGAGACAUGUAGAGGAGACACAGAGGCAGGGAGAGUUCAAGACAACACAGAGGCAGCAAGAGGAGACACAGAGGCAGGAGGAGUCGGAGACCACACAGAGGCAGGGAGAGGAGACACAGAGGCAGGGGCAUCAGUGGCAGGACAGAAAGUGCAGUGCUACAAGUGCAACCAGCUUGUGGAGGGAGACAAAUUUUCAGAGCACCUGUCUGACCACCAUGUGGAGGAGAUGUGUGACACCUGUGGGGCCAAGGUGCAGGGUACUCUUGGUCUUUUGAAUCACAUCCAAACGGCUCACUAUAAAGCAUUUAUUGUGCCAUCACCGCAAAAGCCACCCCCGAAAAACUACAAAAGCACUACCACCACAAAAGUUCUACCAUCAAAGACAACACCAUCUCUGCUCCCUCCUUCAAGUAGCUCUGCCACACCACACCACACUGCAACUCCACCAACUUCAAAACCAACUUCAAUCAAUUGGAAAGGUUUUCUUCCUGAGCAGUUUCGGAGAGUAGUCCAGGAAGCAGAUCAGCCCAAACCAUCUCCUCCUGAGCCUGGGUGGUACUACCGGCAGAGGAUGUUCAUCUGGGCACCAAUGAGGAUGUGGGGAAUUCUUUUAAAAUGCCCAAAAUGUUCCCGGAAAAUGAACAGCUCCGGGAUCUACAGAAAGAUAAGGGAGGUAAUUGAUGUGGAUAGCCGCUACUACCUAGUGGGAGGGGACUAUCCACGUUGCAGCAAGUGCUCUCAGCCGGUCUGCCCAUGGAGCCAGGAUAUGCUCUCCCAGGUGGAUGUGGCACACAGGAGCAUGUUCCCCGCUGUCCUCACAACACAGCUGGCUCUGGACAGGAAAUGCAUGACUUUCCUGAAGCCCAGGACCAUUGGUAACAGUUCCUCCUACUUCCAGUCUGCAAUAGAGGAAGCGCACAGCGAGGAGUGGGCUCGGCAGACCAUCCGCUACCUCUCAGACUGUGAGCGUCAUAGUAAGAUGGCUACCUUCGUCCCCUCUGCAGCUGUAUAUCUUCCUCCACCACCCUUCAGGCCCCUUCCACUUGCUCAAUGGUUUGAGACGGUCCAUUCCAAUGAAAUCCUCAGCCAUGUGGAUGAAAUGAAGGGAGUGAUCACUUCUACCUAUGGUAGAAUUCUUAAAAUGGAUUCAACAAAGAAGAUCACCAAAAAGCUGGCUGGCGAGAUCGGGGACAGUGCUGCAUGGAUGACAAACAUCGGCAACGAGUUUGGCCAGGUGUUGAACUCUGUUCUGACGACGGGUGAAGGUGCAGGGUUGGAAGAGUUGUGCCAAGGCAUCGUCACUCGGUACAAGAAUGCGGGCCAAGCUGAACCUGAGGUCAUCUAUGUCGACCGGGAUUGCUGCAGCCAGUCAGGUGUGUCUUCAGUGGCUAAGCUCUUUCACCCAUGGAGGUCUGCAGUGCGCUUAGACAGCUUCCAUUUCAUGAGACGCUUUAACUGCGGCCUCACUACAGAACACCACCCUCUCUAUGGCACCUUUUGUGCCAAGCUUUCCUCCUGCGUUUUUGAAUGGGACCAGGAGGAUGUGCAACGCCUGAAGGAGGCCAAGAGAGCAGAGUGGAAGAGCAGCCACAGCGGACAUACUCCCACUGAAGAACAGCUCAUGGCCACUAUCAGCCCAGGGGAAUUAAAGAGACACUGCAGGAGGAGAACGCGUGGAGUGGAGGAGAUGCGGAGCAUGAUUUCAGGGCUGCUGGAAUCAGUAUGGGAGCUGACAGACACCACAGGGCUGCGUCUGGUGAGCCAUGACAGCAUGCGCCCUGUGUGGAAAGUGCAGCAGAAGCACCUGGAGUGCCUCCAAGACCCUGCAGGUGUUGCACUGUACACAAAGGUGGGGACACUCCAAAAGGGCGGCAAAGAGCUGGACAUCCUUAGGUGUGGUAGGGGGUCCUCCUCCCUGGAGAGUUUUCACCGACAUCAGUGUGCUUUUAUUCCAGGCUGGAGGUGCAAUGCUGUACAUAUGCAAAUGUACAUGCUCGAGGGGGCAUCAAGAUGGAACAUGGGUCGGGCUAAGGAGGCAGUAGAUGUGGAGGGGGCCUCGUCCCUAAGAAGCUUUGAUGUUCGCUUGAUUUCCCACCUUAACAACUUAAGCCAGCGCGUCCAUGGUUGUGAUCUGGUGCCAGAGAUCACCCCACCCGGGAAACCUACUGGUGAGCGUAUAGCAGUGGAAUAUUUAUUGGCCCAGACCAACAGAGGUGACCUGCUGGCUCCAUCACAGGUCUCCGAAAUCCCCUCGCAGGUGCUUGAGGAGGAGGAUGAACCAGAUGACACCAUCAGCAUGCCUGAUAUUGUCUGCCAUUCAGCUGAGAUAGGGGCUGGUGAUCCUCCAAGUGCUGUGGAGGGUGACACUGAACCCGGACCCCUCAUCACAGAGUCAGCUGAGAUAGGGGCUGGUGAUCCUCCAAGUGCUGUGGAGGGUGACACUGAACCCGGACCCCUCAUCACAGAGACCAGCCAAUGUGACUCGAGGGGCGUUGUGGGAUGGGAGGCAGUUGAUGCCCUUGCAGCCUACCUAGUUGACUUGAAUCGCACCAUCACCGCCUUGUCAGCCAAGGAGGCGGCGUACAUAGUCAACCUGUACACAGCUCUCCAUGCCAUGGACAAAAAACCUUUAAGGUUCACCCAGAAGGCUAAGAAAAAAGCACAUGCAUCAGGAGGACCAAGGAGAGCACCCAGGAAGCCGAGUGGCUCUGCUCCUGGACAGCAGGCGGCAGAGAGACUAUACAUGAUUCACGGCCAAGCAGCCCAGGACCCCGGAAUACAUAGGGUCAGUGACUGUGUUUGCCUCAGACUUGCAAAAGAGUUUGAGCAGUCAUGCAACAGGCCAAAGGACGCAAAGGGGAAAACCAUGCCCAUCCCUCAGUCCAUUGUCAGCGUCUACAGCCACAUCAAACAGCUGCUGGAGGACAGCAUGGUUGUCCUGAACCAGACGAACCUGAGUCUGGUGCCGGUUAACAACACCACAGUAUCUUCAUGGCUGCUUAAGAGGGAUAAGAGGAAGGACAGGAACAUGCAGCUGCAAGGCACUGCACUUCCCAAACAGCUGUACCUGGCCAAGGAGCCUCUUCCUGCAGUGAACACACUUCCAGCUGCCCCUGUGCAACAUGCACAUGAACCUAUGACAUUUGAGGAGCCUGAAAACCAUGAGGGGGAAGCUUUCCCCCGCCAGCGCACACUAGCGGUAAGCAAGCCUGUGUUCUCUCCACCAUCUCCACCUCCCCAGUUCCCUCCACAAUUUGGGCCAGCGCCUCCAUUCCAGCAAACUCCUCAGUUGCAGCAUGCGCCUCCAUUUCCACAUGCUUCUCCAUUUCUGCAUGCUCCUCCAUAUCCCCAUGCACCUCCCUAUACACAUGCACCUCCAUAUCCCCAUGCACCUCCAUAUCCCCAUUCACCUCCAUAUCCGCAUGCUCCUCCAUAUCCGCAUGCUCCUCCAUAUCCGCAUGCUCCUCCAUUUCCGCAUGCUCCUCCAUAUCCACAUGCUCCUCCAUAUCCACAAGCUUCUCCAUUGCAGCAAGCUCCUACAGAGUGCCUUCCAUCCCAGCCAAGGCAACGUGCCUGGAGGCUGAAGAAAGCUGCCCAGGAGGAUGAGGAGCUAGUGUCAAGGGGGGAACCGCCACGGAAGAGGCUAACAAAAGAAAAGUAUCACUACACCUGCAAGUUGUGUGGCCAGGAAAAAAAUAAAACAACUGGACACACCCAGCUGAAGGGGCGGUGGUACUGUCCAGCCUCAGGACUGACCCUGGAUGACUGGAAGGAGAGUGUUUAGUUUCUGUCACCAUUACAUGUCUUUCUCUAUGUUGAUUGUCUGUUAUAAUAAAGUUUAAUCAUUUUA